AUGGAGCCUUCCGAAAAACCGCCUGCAAACGAAGGCCUAUCAACAUUCAUAUGCUUCCCGCGUCUUCCUCUCGAGAUCCGCGAGAUGAUAUGGGAGUGCCUGAUAUCCGUGCAGCGACACCUGAGGAUAGAGGGCCGCUUCGGAAAGGCAACCACAAUUGGGUCUUUCUCAAUCCCUGAGGGAUUACAUCUCUCCCAAGUCUCAUCUGGGAGCCGGAAAGCCCUUUCUCGGGUUAUCGCCUAUCAGACCCUUAAUGGACAUUUCAGCACUGUUCUCCUGACAACACUUGAUGCGCCCUCACUGGAGAUCCUUUCUUCCCUUACAGCCGAUAUCGAUUGCGUUGCUAUACCAUGUCUUACUGUAGAACAGUUGGAAAAGCUUCACCUAGCUUUGGAAAAGAGGGUAGCCGCCGGUGGUCGACAGAUAAAGGUCAUCUACACUGGUAUAGGAGUUCACCGUCCGGAAAAGCGCCGACCACCAGGAAAUUACCUCGUGGCACCACCCGUUGAUUUCAAGAUCAGGACCGUCGCCGCCCUAGAACUGAAGCCCGGAUUCUUUGAGAGCCUGCUCUGGGCUUAUGGUGAGGAUCCGACAGAGCUACCCUCUACUUGGGCGAGACUUACUUCGAAGGACGGAAUCCCAGCACCGGUGAUGAAACGCAGCAUAAUCUCGAUCCCCGCAGCCUCGGAGCACUGA